GCUCUUGUUCUACUACAUCAAGUUAAAUCUUCAUUUUCUCUGGUCUAGCAAGAUGACAUGGACAUCUCCUGCAGACGCCAUGCCAUGGGUGGGAUUGUAUAUUUGUCUAGCAUCUCUGGUUUGCACUCUAGCAAUGGUAGCAGAUGUUUUUCGAGGCUUUGGACAAUGGAAACUCUGGUUUCCAUGCAGAUUUUUCACUAUCAAUGCUGCUUCUAUCACGCUGAUAGCAAUAACAACAAAGCUACUAGUCGAUCUGAGCACCAACGUGUCUGACAAUCAUGAGAAUAUAGCAAAGUGUGUCAGCAUUAUGUUCUUGAUCACCAUGUUAGCCAACUUUCUCCCAUCUUUAGGGCUUAUGAAUGACAAGGAACUUCUUCUGAAUACGGUGGCCUUGUGUAUCCUCAUACUUACCAUUAAUGUAAAUAUGUGGAUUCAAGUUAUUGUUGCUCAGUCGAGUUUGGUAAGCUGGACAACAAUCCUUUUAUUGAUUCUUUUAAUUCCAUGGCCAUUUUCGGUAGCCCUGACAGUGUCAGCAUCUAGAAGAGCAUUACAACAACGAUACAAGGAGCUGCACAGUUUAGCUUCUAAUCGUCAAGAGAUAAAGUUCUCCAGCAAAGGGCUCAAACGUUAUGUGAAGCAGUAUUGGAUGAUGGCAGACACGGGUAACCCCCAAUUUGUAAUUGCUUGUUCAGCGGUGUCUUGUGCUUUUGGGGAUGUAUGCUUAGUCCUUGCUUUCAAUUCAGUUAUAAUUUUGGUCAACCAGUUUGUUGAUAUAUCAAAUUUUCAGAAUUAUGAUUCAGAUUAUAAGUGGUCAGUCAAUGUGAUUAUUACCUUGCAAUCAUUAGGGGUGAUAUUAGGUAGUAUAGCACCAAUUUUCAGAUGUUUAACUACCACAGGUCAUUUCAACCUCUCCAUGAAAUGGAGUAAGCAUCAUAUAAACGUGUUCCGAGUCGAGAAGCAUUGGAUCCAAACACUUCAGCUGUGGAAAAGCAGCCCUGUCCCUACGCAUAUCCCAGGUUCCCAUUGCAAGAAGGUUUUCCAUAAAAUCCGAAACUUGAUUUUAAACUUUUGUAUAGCACUUCAGAUAACGAUCGUAGUUAUAUGUAAAACGGAAUGUCUUAUUCCCAGAUUUUUUCUAAUCUUAUUCUCUUAUUGUUACCAUUUCGGUAAGUCAUACUUGAAAAGGUUUAACGAAGAACCAAAUGCAUCUAACAGCAAUGUGGUAUUAGAUACGGAAGAAUAUACCGGUUAUGUCCUGCAAAUUGAACCGGAUGCGAAGCUUUCAAAGAGAAUAUUACGAAAUGCGCUCAACUCUAUAACUCGACUUCUUCAAGAGUCUGAAAAGAAAGAGCCAAGGAAGCUUAUGAAGCUUCUAGAGAAAUCUAAAGGAUUCAUUGGCAUAGUAGAGUUCGACAAUGAUCAAGUUCCACCACUACAUCCAGAAGAAGUGCAGAACUGCUGGAGCCUAGUAGCUGUAACAUUAACUACCAUUGCUCUUGCGCUUCCUGAUAUUGCAAACUGCCAUGUCAAGGGGUUGCUUUCAAGUAUGAAGGAAGGUCUUCAAUUUGUGAGACAUGUGGAAGAAAGCCUCAAUGCAAAUGAUGAGCUGGUAAAGGCAAGAAAAGCAGCUAGACAUGUGUGGACAGACGUUGAAGUAUACUGCAAGUGGCUACAAAUUGAUCUUCAAAAGAAAGCUCAUAAAGGAAAAACAUCAAAGGAGAUUCUUAAAUGGUUGGGUGAUGAAGCAGCAAAAAUUGUGAUACAGUUCAAGACAAGGAAAAAUGUAUGUCUGGAUCACUCACUUCGUAAGUUCAUUGCUGCGAGUUCCAUGUAUAGAAUCAGCCAAACCAUACUGCUUCAUUGCAAUGAGCAAGAAAACUGGCCAACAGAUGAUGAACUCUUUGAGUUUAUAUCAAUCAUAAUCGCAGAUCUGUUAUGUGCUUGCUUUACCAACUUACCUCGUGUCAUAACUAUGAAGUGUCAUGACGAUGCAAUAGAGAAAAGGGAGGAGAGCAUCCAAAUUGCAGCUCAGCUUCUUGGUAGAUCCAAAAAGAUCCUGAAAAUGCUUAAAAAGCGUCAACUUCCCAACUUAGACAUGGAGUCGAUGGGGUACAUUGAUAAGUGGCAUGCAUUAUCAAGGAGUCAGAUACCCAAUUGUUGUUUUUCUUCUGCCAGGAGUCAACUAGCUUUUUCAAGUUCUAGUGAAUCUUUGGUAGUAACUAUUAUUUGACUAGUAUGUGUAUUUGAAACAAGAAUUGUGGUUUAUACUUAAUGUGAAUGAUGAAUUUCUUUAAACAUAGUUAAAAGCUGUAUGUGUGCAUUCAGCACCUCUCCCGCUAAGUUUAUGAUGCUACUAUAGUUUUUGUGGAAAACAAAGACACUCAUUGCUGUCUCAAAAACAUAUGAAAAAUAAGUUUUACACUACUAGAAACUUGAGUUUCAGCUACAGAUUCAGAGAGGGAUUUAUUCUGUAGAAAAUUUUUGGCAUAUAGACAGGGAAUUGCGAGAGAUCUGCGAUGGUUUAAACAAGUAUUUUAUUUAUUCAAUAUAUAGCAUAUUAGAGAGGGUUUAGCAAGGGAUAAGCUACGGAUCUUACAAGUAUUUAUCGACGCACCCUUGUUCCUCGGUGAUCGGUGGAAAACUAAGUCAUUUGGCGAGGGUUCAACGAGGGAAAAAAAAUCGUCGACUUUUUGCCAUCUGGUAUGUGUUUAGCGAGAGAAUACAGACGGAGCAUACACACGCUAUUUUUUUAAUUGACGGUCUCUCGUAGAAAUUGGUGAAUCCAAUUCCAGUUUCACAGAGUUUGUAUGACGACACCAUGGACCUUGCAGCUUCCCAAUCCGACAGCCUCCACAUUUUUAAAAUCUAAAAUUAUUCUUCGUUAACUUCCGAUUCAGAUAAAUUUCUUGAUUUUAUUUGCUUUAGUCAUAUAUUAGGUUAGGUUUGGUUCAAAUCCACACUAUAUUACGUUAGGGUUUAAUUUCUCAAUUUUUUCCCCUUUUUCAAUCAUCAUUCCUCUUAUAUCCAUUGCAUCUAUAUUAGAACAAAUACUUAGAAUUAGAACUUGAUAUAGGGCUUGAUUGGUUGCUUUAGUCAUAUAUAAGCCUGGUAGCAUAAGUUUUGUGCAUCAAAGCUUCACCCUGAACCUCUCCUGUCAUCUAUGUACAUGCAUCCAUAAGCUCUGUAACAAGCCCAACAAUAUGAAAUUAUCACAUUUUUUAUUCCCUUGAGAAAUUAUUCUAUUUGUGUUUUUACUCAAAUUAUCCUCAGGUUGCACUGCAUCAUAAAUAUAAAUAAUAGAACUUAAUAUAACAUAUCUUACUUUAACUAAAUCAGAUGCAAGAAACAUAAAUAAAAAAAUGUGAUAAUUUUGGUUACUUUACAUACUAUUUGUUUCACAGGUGCUUGUCCUUUUGUGUAUGACAAGCACUUCUAUACGUAUUUUUGUAGAUAGAUCAAUAGAAGGGUGACUCUAAUGGCAGCUCUACUUAUGUAAUCAAGGUGGAACUGUUCGCAGAUAAGAAUCUUAUUGGUGCCAACUUGAAUGACAUGUAAGAUCCUUAUGCAAUCGUCACUUGUGGUACAAAAAAGCACUUUAGAAAUGGUCAUUUUUAUGGAUGUUGAUCUGCAACUAAAUGGUUCCUGGUUGAAGAAAUCCAAUGUGGGGAGAAGAAUUGGAUUUUUCUGUGGAUGAACUUCCUGUAAAGGUAAGCUUAGUUGUUAUCCACACAACAAUUUACACAAAUAGCAAUGUACUUAUGUUGGUUUGUUUAUUAUAGCAUAUAUAUUUUCUUAUAUUUGAAAAAAAAAACUACCCAAUUAUAGCAAUGCCAUCCAAAUACAAAAACAACUUUGAAUGCUAUAACUCGGUAUAUUUUUCAAAGUAAAAUUACUUAAAUACCCUUAUUACCUUUGUUGGUUUAGCCCUCUCCCUAAGAAUGUUCUGAUAGCACGAGCAAUUAUAGAUGAUGCCAUUUGGUUUACAUUUCUUGAAGGGUAACCAGCAAAACACGCGAUUUCAACAGUGAAAUGCAUAUCUAGAAUCAACUACAAUGAAAAAAAAUGUAGAAUUUUUACUAAAUAUGUUGCUAUUUCUUGCAUUUAGUCCUUAAUUAGUUACCUGUUGUAAUCCUUGUGGCUGAAGUUUUGCCACUUCAUUUUCUAAAACACCCCAAAAAUCCUCUUCAUUAGACAUCACCCACAUUACAACAGUUUCAGUUAGCCUUGCAAGCAACACUUUCUGUAUCUUUUCUUUCCCAAGUAACACAUCUCCAGGACUGUUGUUAACUACUGCAGCUUCCGAAAUAAUGCCUGCAUAAACACAACAAUUCCCAAAAUAAAUAAGUGCAAAUUUGUAAAACUCAAAAGCAUGUAGCUUGUUUAGACAAAAAUUCUUCCAUUAAAUUACCUGGAAGGGCAAAGAAGGCAAAGGAUCAGAAUUCCAACUAACAUCAUCACCUUCACCACAUAAAUAAAUAUUUACAUCAGGGCGUGUUUUCCCAUCUCUUGAAUAUAUAAAAUUCAACACAUAUUGUCUACCGAAAUGAUCUCUAAGCUUAUCCAGUGGAUGGUGAAGCUGCUUCCUCUAGUCCUUACAAUCUAUCCCACUAUUCAAUAGAGGGGCAGUAUUGUCAUUUCCUGCUUCCUUGCUUUCGUUUAAAACACUCCAUAUUCUUGACAUAACCAUUGGUAACAGCUCUUCUGCAAUAGUGAAUGCAGUUCCUAAAAGGGCAAAUUGUUGGGAAUCUGUUUUAGCUUUAAAAGGUACAGCUUCUUUUAACUCCACUAAACUGUCAUCUUCAGAAGGUUCAGGUAAAGCUUUUAUGAGUUCAUCCAUGUAUUGAUCAAAAAGUUUUAGAAUUCUUGUUAAAAUAUUUCCUCCAAAGUGUAACAUUACUAGGCGUGUUAGUUGCUCCACUAUAUCCUGUAAAAAUCAUAAACAAGUAAUAUGAUGAAAGUAAAUUUCUAUAAGUUAAGUACUCAUUUUUUAUGGUCUAGCAAGAUGGCAUGGGAAUCCCCUGCAGAACACGCCAUGACAUGGGUGGGAAUGUAUAUUUGCCUAGCAUCUUUGUUUUGCAUUCUAGCAAUGCCAGCCGAUCUCUUCCGAGGCUUUCGACAAAGGAAGCUCUGGUUUCCAUGCAGAUUUUUUACCAUCAAUUCUGUUUCGAUUACACUAAUAACAAUAUCAAUGAAACUACCAGUGGAUCUAAGCACCACCCUAGCUGAUGAUCAAGACAUUGAAGAAAAGUAUGUAAGCAUUAUUUUCUUGGUCACCAUGUUAGCCAACUUUCUCCCAUCGUUAGGGCUUAUGAAUGACAAGGAACUUCUGCUGAAUACCCUGACCUUAUGUAUCCUCAUAAUCACCAUUAAUGUAAAUAUGUGGCUCCAAUUUAUUAGUACUUUCUGGGCAGCCAGAUUUGUCAGACCAAUAAUCAUUUUAUUGAUUCAUUCAAUUCCAUGGCCAAUUUCAGUAGCCUUGACAGUUCCAGCAUCUAGAAGAGUUUUACAACAACGAUACAAGGAGUUGCAUAGUUUGGCUUCUAACCAUCAACAAAUAAACUUCUCCAGCAAGAAACUCAUACAUUAUGUUAAAAAGUAUUGAAUGAUGGCAGAGACUGGUAACCCCCAAUUUGCAAUUGCUUGUUCACUGGUCUCCUCUCACUACUAGAAAAAAGGGUGUUUUCCUACGGAUAAUAGCUACGGAAAAUUUCCGUAGCUAAUUAGCUACGGAUUAGCUACAGAAUGGGACGCCCUAAUUUAGUAACGGAAUAGCUACGGAAUAGCUACGGAAUGACUACGGACGCAAUUCCGUAGCUAUUCCGUUGCUAAUUAGCUACGGAAUAGCUACGGAAUCACUACGGAUGCAACUCCGUAGCCAUUCUGUAGCUAAUUAGCUUCGGAAUAGCUACGGAAUAGUUACGGAUGAUAACUUGUAGCUAUUCCGUAGCUAAUUAGCUACAAAAUGGCUACGGAAUAGCUACGGAUAUAAUAUUAAACCAUUAAAUGAAUAAAGGAUCUCGAAGGUGCAAACGACUGUAUCAACACUAUUAAUGACUAUAAGUUGUUGAAAAUAAAGAUAAUCGUUUAUAAUAGAGGUGGGAAAAAAACGAAGAGAAAAAAACGAUGUUUAAUGCCCGGAAAAUCAAAAAUAACAAAAAUCUGUAGCAACUCCGUAGCUAAUUAGCUACAGACUAGCUACGGAUUUUUUUUUAUUUUCUAUUUUUCGGGCACCAAAUGUCGUUUUUUUUACACCUCUACUAUACAUGAUUAUCUAUACUUUCACCAACUUAUAGAUAUUAAUAUCAUUCAUAAAGUCGUGUGCACCUUCGGGAUCAAGUAUUCGUUUCAUAGUUUUAACAAUGUAAUUACUAUACUUUUCACCAAAUUGUGAUGAAUUUAUUUUUGUAUAUGUAUAUUUACAUACAUGAAAGAGUUGUAGCAUA